CUCACCUCCAACUAGUCAGUGUUCCGUCUCUGUCCUGCUGUGGCUCUCUCUUAUUUUUCCUCUCUGUCUGUCUCUCUCUCUCUCUCUCUCUCUCUCUCUGGUGUGCUGAAGCUCCAGUUUGGUUUGCUGUCUGUCUGUGCGUUGCUGGUCUCGUUCCUCUGCAGACCUGAACCUCCAGCUGAACCUGGGACUCCAGCUCACUCUACAGCAGUUGCAGAAAUGGCGAUGAACAGCAUCCUGAACCCUGAUGACAUUAAGAAAGCCCUGGAUGCAUUUAAAGCUGCCGACUCAUUCGACCACAAGAGGUUUUUUGAGAUGGUCGGACUGAAGGCAAAGUCGGCUGCCGAUGUGAAGAAGGCUUUCCAUGUCCUGGACGCAGACAACAGUGGUUUUAUAGAGGAAGAGGAACUCAAGUUUGUUCUAAAAUGUUUUGCUUUAGACGGGAGAGACCUGACCGAUAAGGAGACCAAAGCAUUCCUGCAGGCCGCUGACAAAGAUGGAGAUGGAAAGAUCGGAGUGGAUGAGUUUUCCGCUCUGGUUCGAGAAUAAGCGACACAGACUCUUGGCCUAUUCAUGCCUCUUGACCUCAGUCCCCUGACACACCCCCAACACACACACACACACACACACACACACCCUCACAAGCUUGCACGCUCCAUUUUUAUUACAUUAUCUACCUACACACAAGCAACCAUAACCUCCUACAAUCAUGUUUAUUAUCCUUUUUCUUCAAAAGUGAGUGUUUUUGCCAGUGUAUAUAGAUCAAGAGACCUUAAACAGGACAAAACCUCAUGUCGGCAAUAUGUAGAUAUUAUAGAAGAGAGAGAAAAAAAACGCUCUUCUCUUUUGUUCACUUUCCAUUGUUGUCUAUGUCUUUAUAUUCAUUCAACCUCUCCUAUUGAUCUUUCUCUCAUCUGCCCCUUGGCAUUGCUCAUUCUCUCCAUCUCUCUGGUAACAAGCCGUUGUGAAAUACAGCAAAAGAAGAAAGAGGUCAAGCUGUGAAAGAAAAAACAAAAUAAAGCAAAAAUUGCCUCAA